AUGAAAAAUAUUUCAAAUGAAACCAUUAAUUUUGAUAAAUAUUAUUUUGAACUUGUCACUCGAUCCAAACGAAUUAUAAUAUCUAAUGUCUGCCCAUCUAUUCCAAAUAAGCUCAUAGAAAGUGCAAUCUGGGAUUUAAACUUGCAAUUAGCUGGAAUCCCGGAUAAAGAGUACAAUCAUAUUUUAAGCUUUAGACGUCAGGCGUAUAUUACUCCAACAGUAGAGAAUAUUGAUAUCCAAACUUCUGUUAUUAUACCUUACGAAGGCAAUAAUUAUAGAAUCUUCAUCUCUACUGAUAUUAUGCAAUAUUUUAUUUGUAAGCAGUCUAAUCACAUUGCAAGUAACUGUCCUAACUCAACAUCUGUGGAUCCUGAGGAAUCUAAAAUUACCGCCCAUACUGAUACUCCUAUGGAAUCUGAAAUUACCGCCCAUGCCAAUAUUUCUGCGGAACAAAAUACUUCCUCUCCUACAGAUUUUAGCUCUUCCUCAGAGACUCUGCAAAAUUUGAAUGAUAGUCACCGCACUGACCAAAAGAGAAUUCAUCCUAGCUCCAGUGACCAAAAUAGCCCUCCUGAAACCCCUGAAAUUGAUCUUCUCUCCCCCCCAGACCCCCAUCCAAUGCUCCUACCAUAA